CCCGCCCACCCCCUGAUUGGCAGAGCCCAUGUCAAUCAUCUCAGCAACUCGACAGCGGUUGGGCCACUCGACCAUGCGUCACUUCCUCACAUCUUUUAAAAUGGCGGCGGCAGAGCUGCGUGGAGUUUGUACUAUACAGGCUCACGUUAGAGGCUAUUUGGUAAGAAAAAAGUUCCGAAGCCUCCGCCACGACUAUGAAUGUAUUGUGAGAGAAAUCGAAGGGGUUACAGACAUGUUGGAAUGGGAUGGGAAAGAGUUGCCUCGACCCAGAUUUCAGAAUCAGGUUUCAGGAACAGAAGGUGUCCACAAUAUACCUCAAAGAGAAACAUCUGAAGCACUUUGCCCCGAAGCUGAAAAAAGCACUGACCGUCCACUACUUGAGAAUGAUGAGCCAGUAAAGGAUUCCUGUGAAAGCACAAACCCCUCCAGCAGGCAAAGUACUCCCAAGCACCUGGACGUUCCUAACACACCAAACAUAGAUACCAGGUCACAUGAACACGUACCACAGAUCGAAAGUACGGUUCCAUUUUCAGAGACAGAGGAAAUAUUCUGUGCAAGUGGGGAUGAAAGGAAGGACUGUGAUAAUUCCUCCACUGUAAUGUCAGCAUGCAAUCGUGCAGUACUGGAGAAUAUAUCCAAAGGCAACUUCACAGGACCUCUUUGUAAAUUGCAAAGGAAAGAGAUGCCUAUGUCAUUCCAAGAACUUCAGAACUACAGAAGUAGCCUUGCGAUGGAACUCUUGUGGCUACAACAAGCCAUUGUGAGCCGUAAAAAUCGGGUCACCAUGUCAGAUCUGAGGUCGUAGGCAGAAGAGAACGGAGUUCCAGCCGGGCGACGCUGGAGAGCAGUGCGCGACUGCUGGCAGGCGGGCGAGAAGGUGGACCGACCCAGCGCACGCCAGCUCCCCCGCCGCUGGUAGGUGAGAUGGGCGGGUGCCGGACGGCCGCGUCUCACGCAAAUGAUAUUAAAUGCAGGAAAACAAGCAGGAAUCGCAUCGCCUGUCUGUGCUUACAAGAGCACGCCAACACUUGAACAGAUCUAGCGCAACCAGAACAGUGCGCAGCAGAUUGGUACGGUGGCCCGCGAAAUUUGAAAUCAGUGCCGGAUUAUCGGAGGAACCGGAUUACAGGUAGUCGGAUUAGUGAAGGUCGACUGUAAUACUGGGUUACCAACAAACACAAUAACCUAAACAAAAUGAAUCUUUACUACAGCCAGAGGUCCAGAGUGUAUGCUCAUGCCCCAAGUAACCUUCUCAGUCAGCACCUUCACCAAAGGUCUUACCAGUACCUUUUUAAGGGUAGUUACAGAUGGACAAAUAAACGCUGACUUUACCACUGAUGACCACACACCAGAAAAGUUGUUUUUCAGAAGUCCACAAACCUUCGUUGAUCAUCUGGGUUAAUAUCUCCUUGGGAACUAGUAGAAGAUUUGUUUAAUUACCCUGCUUUGGGAUUUUUUUUCUCAUUAAAGGUGCUGUUUAAAUGAAUAUAGUUUUCUUUUGAAUUAAUUCACUAAUGGUCUUUUUUUAC